UCCACCAUCACCACCACCACCAGCAUCCCCGAUCGACAACUCGUAUUCCCAACCUCACGCUGACAUUUCACUCGACACAUUCACCGCCUGCGUGAACUCACGCAACUCGCCCACUCCUCCGACUCUCUCAACCUCACUCUCAGACCAUCUCAGCUCCUCCCAAAAAUGUCACCGCCACGAACAACCAGCAACAUGCUCAACAUCCUCCUCACCCUCCUCCUCUUCACAACAGGCCUUGUCUCCGCCCAGACGCAAACCAACAUUGUCUACCCAACCCGCGCCAGCAGCGGUGCCAGCACAUUACAGACCGGUUUCGGCUACAAAUACAUGGGCUGCUACAAUGAAACCAACACAAUCGCGGGCUCAGGCGGCGCGAGGGCCCUCUCACAAAGCGGAACGAACACCGCGACGAACAUCAUGGAUGUAGGGACGUGUUUGAAUUUCUGCGGAGGCUCCAAAUUCGCAGGUUUAGAAUACGGCCGCGAAUGUUACUGCUCCCCCUACCUCUCCAGCCUGAGCGUGCAACUCAACGACUCCCGCUGCGACUUCCAAUGCAACGGCAACGGCACGCAGAUCUGCGGCGGAGAAGGCGCCAUUAGUCUCUACACCAAGACCUCUGCGGGAAGUAUCGCCAAUGGUAGGCAGGGACUGCAAGAAGGAGCGUGGUGGUACAUGGCGGCUGCGGUGGGAAUGGCGAUGUGGGCGGCUUGGCUUUGAACUGGAAAUUGACUUUGGGGGAACAGAGGAUCGGACUGAUUUGAGAAAAGAUCUUGGGUCGUGAUAUCACUUGGUACUUCUUGAGGGAAAGGAGGGAUUGGGCGGGAUCCUGGGAUCAUUUUGGAGAUUUGAUUUAUGGGCAUGAAUGGCGUUCUGGGUAUAGAAGGGGUGAAGGGAGCAUCAUGUGCAAUACUUUUCGAAUUUGAGCGACAAUAUAGACACUUUGAGGAUCGGAACUCUCGAUGCAUCCAAUUCGGCCGUCGUUGGCAUGUCGAUAUGGUGAACGCAAGUAGGGAGUAACCUCAGUCCAUGAGCAUUCGUCAAAUAUUAUUAAUUAGCUGACUAGGCGUGCACUUCAACAUUAACUAUUAAUGGAAGCAAUUCAGGAGUAGCCAUGCACCAAGAACUUGCUCCUCGCGUCUCCCGCAUUUCCAAACCCGAGCAAUCGAACCACUAUUAGAGAAGCAUUUUCCAUGGAAUUAUAUUUGCACCC